GAAAAACAACUAUGACCAGCUUAGAGAAGUUCUUGCUGUACUAACCAAAGAACAAGAUUUGGCUCUCAAGGGGAAACACCAGCUCCAAGCCAAACUGGAGAACUUAGAGCAAGUCCUAAAGCAUAUGCGAGAGGCUGCUGAAAGGCGUCAACAGCUGGAAUGGGAGCAUGAGCAAGCCUUGGCUGUUCUCAACUCAAAACAGAAGGAGAUUGAACUCUUGCAAAAGGCUCAGGUCCAAGCUAAGAAAGAACAUGAAGGAGCGAUUCAGCUGCUAGAGGCCAAAGUUUGUGAGCUAGAGGAGAAAUGUCGGACGCAGAGUGAGCAGUUCAACCUCCUCUCCAAAGAACUGGAAAGAUUUCGGCAACAAGCUGGGAAGUUUGAUCUACUCGGUAGCAACCUGUUGACUUCCUCAGCUGCUCCUGGCUCUCCUAGCAAAUCUUUAGUCCAGCUGGUGAAUGGAAUUGCCACCUCUUUGGGCCAAGAUCAUGGAAGUCCCUCUGGAAGCUGCUUGAUCUCUGAGUACACACAUCCCCUGCAGCUGUCUGGUGACAAACUAGGACAACUCUCCAGCAAGCCAACUUUCCUGAUCCGCUCACGCUCUGGCAGCCCAAGAUGCAGAUUUGAAUCAGACAUGGAGAAUGAACAGAAUUCUAAUACCUCAAAGCAGAGAUAUUCGGGGAAAGUCCAUCUUUGCAUUGCCCGAUACAGUUACAAUCCGUUUGAUGGGCCAAAUGAAAAUCCUGAAGCGGAACUUCCUCUCGCAGCAGGAAAAUACCUCUACGUGUAUGGAGACAUGGAUGAAGAUGGCUUUUUUGAAGGUGAACUUCUAGAUGGACAAAGAGGCCUGGUUCCAUCCAACUUUGUGGAUUUUGUGCAGGAUGAGUCCCGUUUAUCAAGCGGGUUGGGCAGUGAGCAAGAACAGAAUCUCAUCAAGCACAGCAGUCACGUGGUGGAAGGAGAAGGCCUUCAGGAUAUCAACCUACCAGUCCAGUUAGAGUCUGGCCUCCUCAAUAAUGGUGCAGGAUCCCUGGAUGUGAACAUUGACGAAAUUGGAGAAGACAUUGUGCCUUACCCUAGGAAAAUUACCCUUAUCAAACAAUUAGCCAAAAGUGUUAUUGUGGGCUGGGAAGCCCCAGUUGUGCCACCUGGAUGGGGAACCAUCCACAGCUACAAUGUCCUGGUAGACAAGGACAUACGGAUGACCGUCUCCUUGGGCAGCAGAACUAAAGCACUCCUAGAAAAACUUAACAUUGCUACUUGCACGUACCGAAUAUCCGUUCAAAGCAUAACCAGCAGGGGCAAUUCCGACGAACUGCAGUGCACCUUGUUGGUUGGAAAAGAUGUGAUUGUGGCACCUUCCCUCCUCAAGGUCGACAACAUCACCCAGAUUUCAGCGGAGGUCACCUGGCUUCCCACUAACAGCAAUUACAGCCAUGUGAUCUUCCUCAACGAAGAAGAGUUUGACAUUGUCAGGGCUGCCAGAUACAAGUAUCAGUUUUUUAACUUGAAACCCAAUAUGGCCUACAAGGUCAAAGUUUUGGCCAAGCCCCAUCAGAUGCCCUGGCAGCUCCCUCUGGAGCAACGUGAAAAAAAAGAAGCUUUCAUAGAAUUUUCAACCUUGCCAGCAGGUCCGCCAGCUCCACCUCAAGAUAUUCGAAUUCAAGCUGGUCCAACACCAGGAACUAUCUUGGUUUCUUGGAAGCCACCGGUCCUCACAGCAGCAGGAACUUCGGAGGGAGCCACUGUGACCGGCUACGGUAUUUAUGCAAAAGGUCAAAGGGUGGCAGAAGUGAUUUUUCCAGCCGCAGAGAACACCACGGUGGCGCUAACAAAAAUCCAGAGCCUGGAUGCCAGGGAACUUCUUGUCCGGACAUUGUCUGCCCAAGGGGAGUCCAUGGACCCAUUGAGUGCUGCGAUCCCACCUGACCUACUGAGGCCUCCCACCCCUCACCCUCAGCCAGCUCCCAAAUCUAAGCCAUUAUCAAGUGCCAGUAUCCCAGAUACCAAAGACGAACAUUUGUGCCCGCAUGGGAAAAGGGACGAAUCCUGGGAACAGGCCCAUGCCACCUCUCCUCUCCAUGGGCACUCCUUGGAGCCUCCCAGCUUCCACAGCCCCCUCCAUGGGCGGCGGUCGCCAUCUCCAAAUCGGAUCCUUCCACAGCCGCAAGGCACACCUGUCCCUAACACGGUAGCCAAGGCCAUGGCCCGAGAAGCUGCCCAGCGGGUGGCAGCCGAAAGCAACAGGCUGGAGAGGAGGGGCCUGUUUCCAGAAAGGAGCAACGCGUCUCAGUACGCCAACUCUGAUGAGGAAGAGGAUGGCUACGACUCACCCCGGAUCAAACGGAGGGGUGCUUCAGUGGACGAGUUUUUGAAAGGCUCUGAGCUCGGGAAACAGCCCCACUACUGCCAUGGGGAGGAAUAUCACACCGAAAGCAGCCGGGGUUCUGAUUUGUCUGAUAUUAUGGAAGAAGAUGAGGAGGAAUUGUACUCAGAGAUGCAGCUGGAGGAUGGUGGACGGAGACGAGUUAGUAUAACAUCCCAAAACGCCCUGAAGGAACGUUAUCAGAACCAAACCACUGAAACAGCUUUCUCGGAGCAUCCCAAUUUUGCCCACCACAGUAAAAAGCUUUUCAGUAUCCCUGAAGUAGCUGAAGAGGAUGGCGACUAUUCUGAACUUUUGUACAAGCAGGGCUUAGGGAGGGCCCGCCAAAUCCGAAGCACGAUAGCUAGAGAGGGUAGAUUAAUCAAGAUGUACCGUCAAGAGCAUCCUGCCAAGCCACGGACUUUGGAGGACGCCAAAGAGCAAGGCUGCAGGUCCAGCAGGUCUUCCACUCGGAGCCCAGAUAGCGGCUUGGACUGUGGCAGUGAAGACGAGUCACACUUUACUUCUCCACAGGUGCCUGAGACCCUCGCUGCCCGUAUGGCCCCUGCCUCUUGUCUACAUCAUGAAAGCUGUACAUCAACCUCCAGGCCGCUGUUGGCCCGCCGGAGGACCUUAAUCCGGCAAAGUAGCGUUGAAGAAGACUUUGGAGACCCUGUUCGGCCAUUUCUGGAGUCCCCCAACCAGAAGGGCAAGCCAUCUUGUUAUGAGAGGAAGCAUGAUUCUGGUAGAGCAGAACAUUUGACCCAUGAAGAUAUUCAAGGAGGAUGCAGUAGCCCCUCGAAAGAGAACAAAACGAGGCUAACUUCUCUUCCACAUUCAAGGCAUCCCCCCAGGAAGUCUGAAGGCCCACUGCUCUUAGGUAACCCAGCGUCCUCCAGGCGGCCAGACCGAGGGGAACAGCUAGGUCGAAGAUCAUCUCACAGCACCUCAGGUCCACAAAGGUCACGGCCCAUUCUGGUCCCUUCUAUUGAUGGGUACAGUAGUCGUGACCGUCUGUCUCCAGAGAUUUAUGAAGAAUCAGAAACUGAUCCUGGAGCAGAAGAGAUGUCCGCACGCAUCUUUGUUGCCCUCUUUGAUUAUGACCCACUGACCAUGUCUCCAAAUCCUGAUGCAACAGAAGAACUUCCAUUUAAGGAAGGACAAAUUAUCAAGGUUUAUGGGGACAAAGACGCUGAUGGGUUUUAUCGGGGGGAAACCUGUGCAAGACUGGGCCUUAUUCCUUGCAAUAUGGUUUCCGAAAUUCAGGCUGACGAUCAAGAAAUGAUGGAGCAGCUUCUAAAGCAAGGGUUUCUCCCUCUAAAUACCCCCAUAGAGAAAAUUGAAAGGAGCCGAAGAAGCGGCCGUCCGCCUGGGUCGUCCACAAGAAGAAUGGUUGCAUUAUAUGACUACGAUCCAAGGGAAAGCUCCCCUAAUGUUGAUGUGGAGGCUGAGCUCACAUUUUGCACAGGAGACAUUAUUACUGUCUUUGGAGAAAUUGAUGAAGAUGGUUUUUAUUAUGGGGAACUUAACUGCCAGACGGGUCUUGUUCCUUCAAAUUUUCUUGAAGAAGUGCCUGAUGAUGUGGAAGUCUACUUAUCUGAUGCCCCGUUGCGAUACCCACAAGACGCACCAAUCCGUACAAAAUCAAAAAGGGUUCCUCCUGAGAAUACAGGGGCACCACCAAGGAGCACGCCAACCCCCACGGCCCAUCUCCACUCGGGGUCACCUACGCCAACUGUGGGUUCUGGUAGUCCCAGGAGAGGCAGGGAAUUCUCUUCGAAAAAGAAAAAGGGGCUCCUUUCCAAGGGGAAGAAACUUCUGAAAAGACUGGGUGCCGUGAAAUGAUUUUGCGUUCUUCUGGACAUCCUGUAAAUCUUCAGACUUUUUCCUUU